CUCCUCUGAGUUUCCUGCCAAACCUUGGUGCACUGAUUGCAAAAAAGCCUCCACUUGGGGUCUCGUGGCUUCUCUGCCUUUGUCAACUUCUGUAAACAAUGGAAUAUUAGCAUCCCUCGGAGAAAAAGAUUUGGCUUUUUUUCCAGAAAGCGGGGCAUCGACAGUGGUUUCCUGGAUGGGAAGAAAAAAAAUCAGAUGGCUGAGAUUUCCUUAUUGUAUUAGAAAACAAAGUCAGCCAUAAGCAAGUGUAUCAUCAUCUUACAAGUACAGAGAUCAAAGGAAAAAGUAGGACAGCAAUUGAGGAGAAUUAAUAGUCACCACCACUUCCCUGUUUGGGUGAAGAUCAAGGGCAAUGGAUGUCAUAGAGACAGCAAAGCUUGAAGAACAUAUGGAAAAUCAAACCAAUGACCCUGCAAAUAGUUACACAAGACCUACUGAACCUACUGAUGAAGACAACAGAAAUGGUAAUGGCAAACCCAAGAGCUUAUCCAAUGGCUUGCGAAAGGGUGCCAAAAAAUACCCAGACUAUAUUCAAAUUUCUAUGCCCGCUGAAGCAAGGAACAAAUUUCCCCUGGAAUGGUGGAAAACAGGCAUUGCUUUUGUCUAUGCCCUAUUCAACCUAAUCUUGACGACCGUCAUGAUCACAGUUGUACAUGAGAGGGUACCUCCCAAGGAGCUCAGCCCUCCACUACCAGACAAGUUCUUCGAUUACAUUGAUCGAGUGAAAUGGGCAUUUUCUGUAUCAGAAAUAAAUGGGAUGAUAUUAUUUGGGUUAUGGCUUACCCAGUGGCUGUUUCUGAGAUAUAAGUCAAUAGUGGGACGCAGAUUCUUUUUUAUAAUGGGAACUUUAUACCUGUAUCGCUGUAUUACCAUGUAUGUUACUACCCUACCUGUUCCUGGAAUGCACUUCCAAUGUGCACCAAAGCUCAAUGGAGACUCUCAGGCAAAAGUGCAGCGGAUCCUGCGACUGAUCUCUGGUGGCGGCUUGUCCAUAACUGGGUCACACAUCUUGUGCGGAGACUUCCUAUUCAGUGGCCACACCGUCGUGCUGACUCUGACUUACUUAUUCAUCAAAGAAUACUCUCCCCGUCACUUCUGGUGGUAUCAUUUGAUAUGCUGGCUGUUGAGCGCCGCUGGGAUCAUCUGUAUUCUUGUGGCCCAUGAACACUACACUGUCGACGUGAUCGUGGCUUAUUAUAUCACAACAAGACUCUUCUGGUGGUACCACUCCAUGGCUAAUGAGAAGAGCUUGAAGGUUUCAUCACAGACUAAUUUCUUAUCUCGAGCAUGGUGGUUCCCCAUCUUUUAUUUUUUUGAGAAAAAUAUACAAGGUGCAAUUCCUUGCUGCUUCUCCUGGCCAUUAUCCUGGCCACCUGGCUGCUUCAAAUCCUCCUGCAAAAAAUACUCACGGGUUCAGAAAACAGGAGAGGACAACGAAAAAUCCACUUGAAAGGAAGAAUCAUCGGGAAAAAGGCAUAGGCUCUAAGACCAAAACGUUUCAAUGCUAUAACCAAAGGUAGAGGAGUUGUUUUUUUUUAAUAGGAGGAUUGACUGGUAUGUGAAGAAGUGGACCAAAUGUUGUGUAAAUGAUUUGAAAGAUAAACAAAGUAUUGUCCCGUGACAUGGUGUUUAUUUGUCUAGGAAAAAAAAAGAUUUCUGCAGAUCUGUACCCAUUAAGGAUGAGACCCAGGACUGUGAUUUACCAAUGAGGUUGUAAAAGAGGUGCCAAAGAACACAUCCUUUCCAUCCCUGUUCCUGCUCCAUCCUUUGCCCUGCUCCAAAGCCCUUCCCCUCAGAACUCGAGUGCAUUCCCAAUCCUCCCUUCUCUCUCACCCAGCACAGCAGAAUUUGGUGGUGUUUUAAACACAUCGUCAGGCUAUCCAUAUAGCUAAAGUAUAAAUGGAAUAGUAAGCUAAUGUCGGGAAGUAGGUGAUAACAUUCUCAAGGCUCCUCAUUGGAGCCUCUGUAAGGGUGAUACCUGUCAUUCAGGGGAUGGCAAAUGUUGGGCAAGCUGCUGCUGUUUUCACUGAUUUGGGGGGAGAAGGAUAGCUUAGAACCCUGGAAUGGUCAUUGUUGCUAGCACCCAAUGAAUGACAUACCUACCACUUUAUACAUUUUUUUUUACUGAUGACUUUGGUUUUUAAAACAAUGCUAGGCUAAUGUGCUCCAACUGCAAACAUGUCUGGCAACAUCACAACGGUUUUACCAGUGUGUAAAUACUGCAUUUUUAAAGUGUAUUUAAUAGACAUCAAGAAAACAAUAUUGGGAUACCCCGGACUGGACAUGAAUUUUGCUUCCAUGUUCUGUCUGCUAGGGUGUCUGAACUGCCCCUGUACAGAAAAGGUAGAUGCCAUGGAUUAAGAAAACCCUUGUGGGCACCAGUGCUGAUGCCACUUGGGGCUCAAGCCUGGGGUCAAGUCCUGACCAUAAGUUUAUUUGUGUAUGGACUCUAGGUAUAGACUCCAGGAAUGACGAAAGAUCUUUGGUCACAUUAAAUUAUGAAGGAUCCUUGUUCUAAAUAUUUACCUCGUCCUUUCUGAAAACCCAAGAUAGAUGCCUACAAUUUUAAUGUAUUCUUGCCUUUUAUCAAAAGACUCCACUAGCCAGAAUAUAUAUAUAGACAGACACUGUAGUUCCUUACUUCUUACCCAGUGAGAAUGGUUAUUACUUGGUGCUGAACUAGUCAGAACGAGUAUGUGACUGUUAUAUCAACACGGUGACUACGUGUUUUGUAGAUUUAUUUAAUGAGGUAAUACAAAACAGAAUGGAUUUUUCUUUCAAUCUUUGCAGACUGUAUUAUUUAACACUAGAGUAUCUUUGGCUGAUCUCUGAACUUAUUUCCUCAAAUGCUUGAGGGCUAUUUUUAAAGAUUUCCAAUAAAACCCAGCAAAAAGAAACAACCAAAUUUGCAGUAAUACUAAUUAUGAACACUGGGAGAAAAAUAAUACCAAAUAGGAAAGAAAAAAUGUUUCCUCCCUGUAAUGAUGAUGGAAUAAUACAGUCAAAUUUUCAUCAUUAGCAAGACCAGUCAGUCUUUAUAGAUAUAUGAUAAGUAAACUUUGAAUUACUUCAGUUUAUUGCAACAAAGCACAAAAUUUCCCCCACUCCACAGCAGUCAUCAUCCUUGGUGCUAAAAUUCUCUGAAUGUCCUUAGUGUUACUGCCUCUCUAUAGUGGGAAAUGCAGAUUAAUUCAAAGGGAACUAACUGUCCUCCAGUCAGCUCACUUUAAAUAAGAAUUAUAACCUAAACAUUCUUGGUAGGAUUUUAGACACAAGGGUUUGACCUCACAUUCAAAAUGAAGCGAACAGACAAAAAUCUCCGUAGCCUACACGGAGUUGCGUCCAAUCAUGGUUCCACAAAAUUUUCAUAAGAAUUUUUUAUUUGUUGACAGAUUUGUUAAGGGGACAUGGUAGUCUGCUCAGAAAUCCUUACUCUCCCUAGGAACUAAAAAUCACUGCUGCCCAAAUAAAAGAUAGUCAGUCCCAGAAGACUCGUAAAUAUUUUGCUGCUGUCCGGACACUGGGGGAUUGUUUUUCCCAUUGGACCUCUAAUGGAAGUAGAAAACACAUCUAAUGCGACACUUGGUCCUGAUCAUAGUUUGGAUCCCCUACUUUUUCCAGGUGACAUAAUUACUAGGCUAAACCAACCCAGUUUCAGUUUUAAGAGUGGGGGUUAUCUAAUAAGAGCCUUUGUAGCUCCUUUGAGCAGAUCUUGGGUCAAUUCCAAGUAAAAACUCUAUUGUAAGGACUGGUAAAAAUAUAUUGCCAUUCCCUUUUCAGGUUCAUCAAAGGAUUUGUGCCCUCCUCACCCUUGGGUAUUGUGCCACUCAAAAGCCCUUUGUCAUAAUUUAAUGGCUGAGGAAAGGGAAUGUUUCAAACAUUAAGCAUAUGGGAUAUUUAGGGAAGCAAUAGAUGAUAAAAUGGCAGGUGCUCUGCCCAAAGGAAUCAUAGCAAGGAAACCUUAGAAUUUAGCCCCAGAUGCCAUCUUUGGAAUUGAAAAUUUGGGUGCACUGCCCUCACAACAUUUGUCUGUAUCACAUCAGUUCAAUUUGUUGCUAUCAACCCACCAUCAAGAUGGAAGUAACUUUUAAAGUGGAGGCCUGCUUCCAGAUUUCACACACAGUUCCUGUAUGGAACUUCUGGAAUGGAAUUUCAUAUGGAAAAUAGAUGUUUCAACCUUCCCACUAUCUCUGAAGGUGGAGCCAACCCAUGUUUCCUCAAAUCUCAUGCACCAGUAUAUUGAGUUCCACCUGCGGUAAUCAUAAAAUUGAGGAAAAGUUUUUUGACCUCUUGGAAAAUGUGUUUUGCAGUAAAACUGGGCUAUCUUGGGAAUCUUGAAACACAGAACAUUGGUCACAUGGUAGCUUUGGCAAGAUACUUGGUGUAUAUUCUACUGCCCCCUUGUGGAGAUAUCACAUAUAACAAGAUCUUCUAAUUUUGGUCAUUUGCUUAAUGAACCAGAUAUUUUUUUCCCCCUCCAAAGGCAGUCAAACCAUCUUUCCAACCCUUUAUUCAUGUUUAUUUUUUUUUCAAAUGAAUCUCUUUAAUUGCUUCCAUCACUGGCAGUGGCCCCAGAGAGGAGAAGAUAGAAGUUAUUCUGAUGGCAUGUUUAAAUUGGUCUAGAGAAAGAAAGGUCAGGACCAUUUUGAGUGGAAUUUCUGCAAGAUAGGUGUGCUCCUAGCAUGCAUGGUCAUCUACUUUCAAAACAUUCAAACCACCUUUUAAUGCAAUUCCACUUUCAAAAAUUUUAAACCAUCAUUAACUCAAUGUCACCAAGCCUCAUGAUUGGCUUCGAAAUAGUCAAAAGCCUCUGUUGGCUUUGAAACAGUCAAGGCAAGCUUACUGUCUUUCUCAUUGUACUGGUUUCUUUUUUUCCUCUUCUUAUCUCAUAACUAUUUUUUUUCGAAUUGACAUAUAUUUGAGGACUUGUUUUGUUUUGCACAGUUAGAAAAAGGUUACAGGUUCAAGCUGGUCUUACCACUUACCGCUAUGGAUUUUUAAAGGAAGUGUGAAGAGUCUCUUGAAAUUUGAAAAUACAUGACUAAAUCAAGCAUGUUUUACACAAGAUGGUAUAUUUUGAUGGCUUUGCUCUUUACAUGCCUAUGAAAGAUAUUUUCAUGAUAUUUUAUCAACGCCAUUUCAGUGCUAUUAACACAACUUAUUAGCCUCAAAGAGAUGUUUUUGUUUAUAAAGCAGUGAUAUUGACAUAAAUGCCCCCCAAACAAUGCAAAUCAAGUCAGUGACCCAAUCAAAGUUGUGUUUGGCACAAGUGCCUACUUUGAUAUUUUCCUGCUGCUUAUUAGGACCUAUUGUACCCACUUAAUGCUGUGUGUUCUAAAUGAAUCAUGAAUAGAAAUAGGUCUUUAUUGUGUCUAAUGAAUUAAAACCAUGCUGUUUUCAGAAGGAAGGAAGGGACCCUCCACAUAAGUUAAUCUAAUUGCCAAGUUGGAAUACUUUAUUUAAUUUACCUCCUAUGCAAUGAAUAAUGCUGCAAAACAUAUGGUUAUGUUACAGUAUGCCCAUAAAAAAGAUUUGAAGAGGUAGCCAACUGUAUUCUUUUGGAAACGUACUGUACUGUUUCAAUGUGUUAAGUGCCUUGUAAAAGUACAAUUUUAGGUCUAUUCUAGAGUAUGUUAUUUUCCUGACAAAUAUUUUUCAUUAUAAAAAAGGAUAAAUAUAUACUAUAUGCUAUUAUAUAACUUAUAGUUUUAUUAAAUGUGCUCACAUUUUAAUCAAAAAUCAUAAUAUAAAUGUUAGAUGCUCAUGUUUCCUACCCAAAAGUACCACAAGCAUCAAUCUAAUGAACGGAAUUCAUUUUCAGGGUUUUUUAGGGAAAGGAAGAGAUGGAAAAAUAGUUCAUUCUCUUUAGAAGCGCAUUUUUUCAUGACUGUGCAUUUUUUUUGUAUAAACACAUUUCAGUUGUAAUUUAGGGGUGUGAAUGUUGUACACACAUACUCCUAAAAUGCCAAAGUUUCACUUUUUUUUUAAGUGCCUAAUGGUGAGUUAAACUAAUUUAUGUUUCUACACUACAGAGGAUAGAUAACGUGCACACCACAUCUAAUUCCUUUGGUUUUGCUUUUCAUUUGUUUUAUUUUUUAAAUGAGAUGGUAUACUU